AUGUCUGGGAAGAGGUCCAAGUGCUCCUUCUCCCGCUUGGAGGUGGUCCUCAUCGUUUUCCUGGUGUUGAUGGUGGCAGUGACCGUGGUGCUCCUCGUCCUCCACUUUCUCGUCAAAGAAGACAAUGCUUCCAGUGAAGAAAUAGCAAACUACCUGCUGGGUGUAGGUCGAGCUGAUUGCACAGGACCUGUGGCAGAAAUUCCUCUGAUGGGAUAUGCCAACCCGGACCAGGUGGGUGGUGGGCUUCUCACGCGCCUCUACAGCCGAGCCUUCAUCGUUGCAGACCUUGAUGACUCCAGGCGAGUGGUGUUUGUCAGCGCUGACAUAGGAAUGGUGUCUCAGAAACUGAGGCUGGAGGUACUGAAGAAACUGGAAAGCAAGUACGGUGGCCUGUACCGGCAGGACAAUGUCAUCCUCAGCGGCACCCACACACACUCGGGGCCUGGAGGCUACUUCCAGUACACUCUCUUCUGGAUCACUAGCAAAGGGCUAAUCAGACCGUCCCUCAAUGCUAUCGUGAAUGGCAUUGUAAAGAGCAUUGAUAUAGCACAUCAGAACAUGAAGAGAGGAAGGCUUUUUAUAAACAGAGGCACUGUAGAAAACAGCCAGAUCAAUCGAAGUCCUUUCUCCUACCUUGAGAAUCCAGCGUCUGAACGAAGCAGGUAUUCAUCCAACACAGAUAAAGAAAUGGUGAUGCUGAAGAUGGUAGAUGAGAAUGGACAGGACCUAGGCCUUAUCAGCUGGUUUGCCGUGCACCCAGUCAGCAUGAACAACACAAACCGCCUUGUGAACAGCGACAAUGUGGGCUACGCGUCUUACUUAUUUGAACAGGCGAUGAACAAGGGAGUGCUGCCUCAAGAGGGCCCUUUUGUUGCCGCCUUUGCGUCCUCCAACCUGGGAGAUGUGUCGCCCAACACCAAAGGCCCGUUCUGUGUAAACACGGGGGAGUCGUGCAAUAACCCACAGAGCACCUGUCCCGUGGGUGGUGUAAGUAUGUCCUACCUGAUCUACGGUGACUUCUGA